CAGCAGACCAAGUGUAUCAUUGAAUCAGUCCAGCUAACCAAGCAAGAUGUACGCGAAACUCGCUCUGGUUGCCCUCAUGAUUGCUGCAGUGGUAGCAGUACCUACUCCUGGAGGCGGUGGACACAAACACGUGACCAUCCACGUACCGUACAAGAUCCACACCAUCCACCACCACCACGUAUCUAAAGUUCCUUACCCGGUUCACGUACCCGUUGUGAAAGAGGUGCAGGUCAUCAAAGAAGUUCCUGUUGUGAAACAUGUACCUGUUCCCGUGAUCCAGCACGUACCGUUCCCGGUAAUCAAGAAGGUGGAGGUGGAGAAGCAAGUGUUUGUACCCAUCCACCACCAUGAGGAAGAACAUCAUCAUGGGUGGGAGAGCGAGGCGCUGUCGCACGGCUGGCACUGAUUUAGAACAUGUAUUAAUUUCCUAGGUUAAGGUACAUUAUAAGUAGUUAAUAGUACUAAAAUUAAUUGCAUUCAAUAUGUAUUACUUCACAUUUUCGACAGACCAACAUUGUUUAAAUAAUUUCGGAAACUGAUUUAUGGAUCAUUUUCUUUUAAAAUUCGACCG